AUGCCGAUUUAUUCUGCAGGCGCAGAUGGUGGAAAUCGGCUUGGUCGUCCAGGACCAGGCAAAACACCAGCCAUCGUUCCUAUUGAAAGCAAAGGAGUGAAAUGCAUUGCUGUUGGCUGGAGGCAUAAUAUUGUAAUUUUUGACGACGGGAAAGCAGUUUGCUGGGGAGACAAUUCAGAUUUUCAACUAGGUUUAUCUCAUAUUGGUGAGUUUUCACGCCCAUUUCCACUUGAUUGCUUUCCAGACGAACAAAUUGCUUGGGCGCACUGCGGUGAUAAAAGUACAACAUUUUUAACAACAACAGGCAAAGUUUAUACAUGCGGUCUUUCAACUGGCAGAAGAAUUCUCGAAAUACAAAUACCAAAACCAGCGAUUUAUGUUACAUCAGGGUGUGCAGUAUCAGUUGCGAUAGAUGUAGAUGGUGCAAUAUACAGAGCGAAUGCCGGAAAUGUUUCUGCCCAGCGUUGGGUACUUCCAGAUCCUGUUUGUGACGCUGCAGUUGGAUCAAAUUUUGUUUUAGCAUUAACUACACAAGGACAAGUUUACGGCAUUGACAAAUUUGCCAUGGAAGGAACAGGAUCAACAACAACGUUUCUUCCUGUACCUUCAUUACAAAAUAUUCAAGUUGCAAGAGUUUUCGCUUACAACGAACACGCCGCUGUUAUCACACGUGAUGGCAGAGUCAUGAUGUGUGGAAAUGGCGAAAGCGGAAGAUUAGGAUUCGGAGAUACAGAAUCUCGAAACAGAUUUGAGUUUUUAACAGAUUUAGAUGGCGCAAACAUCAUUGAAAUUGAUAUGGGAGACGCUUCUACGAUAUUCAUUGGCCACGAUGGCUCAGUUUACGGCUGCGGAGCUUCAGCAGAUGGAAGAUUGAUGUGUGGUGAAAGUACGGACCUAAUUGUACCUACAAGAUCAAUGCACGUUCCAGGAAAGGCUGUUUUCGUGCGUUGCGGAUGUUUCCAUUCAGUAGUUUUGACAGAUUCAAUCAGACCAGUUCAUCCUGCCCUUAAAUUCUUCAAGAUGACAGGAAAUCUUGUUGCUAUUGCCAGAUCUAUUCUUGUUGGAGGAAAAACAGUUAAUACGGCAGCUUCUAGUUUAACAAUUUACGAUUUAUUACCUGGAGAUACAGUAAAACACCAAAAAUACGGUGAAGGAAAAACAAUUGGCGUAUUAUGCGCCAAUAUUAUUGUGUCUUUUAAUGGAACAAUGAGAGAAGUUGAACCAGAUUCGAUUCAAUUCGUAACAAGAAAAGGAUAUAGUUUAUAUGAAGGAACAAAUGAUACUGGAGAGACUUCUGCAUUCGAUGGCGGCAGUAUUUGCUCUCUUUUUGGCUUCAAAGGAGGAUCUGUUGUUACAGGACCGGAUCAGAAGCCAUUUACGGUACUUGGAUAUGCGCAUGGUACUGUGUGGUUCGCAGAUGAUACAGGAAGAGCGUUUUGUCUCAAGGAAGAUGGCUUGAAAAAUCUUCAUUCAUUAUUCAGGGAUGAAACAUCGAAAUAUUAUGAUACACCUGAAGGAAACCUUCCUAUUAAGGAGAUAGAACCAUUCUACGCUAGAUAUAAUACGUCUAUUUACAAAGUUCUCGGAUUAUUUGGAUCAUCUUACCUCGCGAAGCUUGUAAAUGGCAAGAUUAAGUUGAUUCCGCAGAAGAAAUCAAUUAAAUUACAGUCAAAUACGCAAUUUAAGGAACUUGAUCGCGUAUUUGUCGAAUCAUUAAAAGAAAAUGGCACUGUUUUGGGCUGUUUAUCAGAAAAGAUCAUCUUCCUGAGUGACAAAGGUCUUGUUUCUAACGGAAAACCAGUUAUUAUUGCUAACAAAGAAUGUACUUUGAUUGCAAGGUUCUGUGGAGAAGGAAAAAGAACAGUAAAUGGUGUUGAAUACGAUGUUUCGAUAGAAGCAGAAAGAUCAUAUCCUUAUCUACCAAGCGACAUCAUACUUUCCAAGGAAGAUGAUUCAAUAUAUACAGUAAUUGGAAGAAAAGACGAGAAGCUGUGGAUUCAAAAAAGUGACAACGGGGAAGUUCACCCCUUUUUGAAUGAAAAAGUAAUAUUGCUUAGAAGACAUUUCAGGACAGGGCAUUAUGCAUAUCCUUUUGUAACUAAGGAAGAUGUGUUACCUCUUGCUAAAGUAGCAAUUGCUGCAAUGGCAGGUCUUGGUGUUUUACCUGGCAAUGAGAUAAUCAUUGAAGAUAGGAACUACAUUGUUUGUGGCAUAGCUAAUCAUUGCCUUUGGUUAUGUGACGUAGAAACACAAACUUUUGCUGGAAUUGCAAAACAAUCAUUUAAUUUGAAAGAAUCCAUCAAAAUUGUAAAAGAUCUUUCAGAUAAUAUCAAUUUACUCAUGGUUUCCAAUUAG